CUUCAUUUAAGAAUAGAAAUCAGUCUUUAUUGGAAGUUUGAAAAUUUAGUGACUUUCUACUAUUAAGACAUGACGCUUCCAUUCCGAAAAGAUUUGGACAAGUACAAGGAUCUUGAUGAGGAUGAAAUUCUUGGCAAGCUAUCAGAAGAAGAACUGAAAUAACUGGAAACUGUUCUGGAUGACCUUGACCCUGAGAAUGCACAACUUGAUAACAAACACUCAGUUCUGUGACAUAGUAGGAAGUAGUAAUGGUGUCAGCAAUGAAAGCUUCACAGACAUAGUAAAAGGUGAAAGGACGAUACCAUUUUCAGAUGAACCACCAAAUCCCACACAUGUAGAGGAGAGUUUGCAAAGGAUUAAAGAUAAUGACUCUCGUCUUGUUGAAGUUAAUUUGAAUAAUAUAAAGAACAUCCCGAUUCCAACAUUGAAAGAAUUUGCUAAAGCUUUGGAAACCAACACCCAUGUGAAGAGUUUCAGUCUUGCAGCCACUCGAAGCAAUGACCCUGUUGCUGUUGCUUUUGCAGAUAUGCUGAGAGUGAACAAAAAAUUGAAAAGUCUAAAUAUAGAAUCAAAUUUCAUCACUGGGGUUGGCAUUAUGGCACUGGUUGAUGCACUAAAAGAGAAUGAAACCCUGUCAGAGGUCAGAAUCGAUAACCAGAGGCAGCAGUUGGGAACACCUGUAGAAACGGAAAUUGCCAAAAUGCUUGAGGAGAACACAAAUAUCCUUAAAUUUGGAUACCAUUUCACACAACAGGGACCGCGAACCAGGACAGCUGCAGCUAUCACAAAAAAUAAUGAUUUGGUUCGCAAGAGAAGGGUUGAAGGAGACAACCAGUAA